CCCGGACGUCCGUAGACCGCUCGGCCCCCGGCGCUGCCGCUGGAGAAAUGCCCACGCUAGGCCCCGUGCCAUCCGUGGCCACCUUUCGCAGAGUCUCCUCUCUGCAUCCCCCAGUAGGCCCGUAGGGCCCUUCUCUGCAUCCUUAACUUCUUACAGGUGCAUUUCAAAAUGGCUGAUGAAGAAAUUGCUGCCCUUGUGGUAGACAACGGCUCUGGCAUGUGCAAGGCUGGCUUUGCGGGAGAUGAUGCCCCUCGGGCUGUGUUUCCUUCCAUCGUGGGCCGCCCCAGGCACCAAGGAGUCAUGGUUGGCAUGGGGCAGAAGGAUAGCUAUGUGGGUGAUGAGGCCCAGAGUAAAAGGGGAAUCCUUACCCUGAAGUAUCCAAUCGAGCAUGGUAUUGUCACCAACUGGGAUGACAUGGAAAAAAUCUGGCACCACACUUUCUACAACGAGCUCAGAGUAGCCCCAGAGGAGCACCCUGUUCUGCUCACUGAAGCCCCUCUGAACCCAAAGGCCAAUAGAGAGAAGAUGACACAAAUCAUGUUUGAGACCUUCAACACUCCAGCAAUGUAUGUGGCCAUCCAGGCAGUGCUGUCUCUCUAUGCUUCUGGUCGUACCACAGGUAUCGUGAUGGAUUCUGGGGAUGGGGUCACCCACACUGUCCCUAUCUACGAAGGUUAUGCCCUCCCACAUGCUAUCCUGCGUCUAGACCUGGCUGGUCGAGACCUCACCGACUACCUCAUGAAGAUUUUGACUGAAAGAGGUUACAGCUUCACCACAACAGCUGAGAGGGAGAUUGUGAGGGAUGUCAAAGAGAAGCUGUGUUAUGUUGCCCUAGACUUCGAGCAAGAAAUGGCCACUGCAGCUUCUUCCUCCUCUCUGGAGAAGAGUUAUGAGCUACCUGAUGGUCAAGUCAUUACCAUUGGCAAUGAAAGGUUCCGAUGCCCCGAAUCUAUCUUCCAGCCUUCUUUUCUGGGAAUGGAGUCCUGUGGGAUUCAUGAGACCACCUACAAUUCCAUUAUGAAGUGUGAUGUUGACAUCCGAAAGGAUCUGUAUGCUAAUACAGUGUUAUCCGGUGGUACCACUAUGUAUCCUGGCAUUGCUGACAGAAUGCAGAAGGAGAUCACAGCCCUGGCUCCAAGCACCAUGAAAAUCAAAAUCAUUGCCCCACCUGAACGAAAAUACUCUGUCUGGAUUGGAGGCUCCAUUUUGGCCUCUCUCUCUACCUUCCAGCAGAUGUGGAUCAGCAAGCAAGAAUAUGAUGAGUCUGGUCCUUCUAUUGUCCACAGGAAAUGCUUUUAAUUAAUUAUUGGUUGCCUAAUCCUUGUUACUUUCAGGUGUAAAUGUGCCAGGUCAGAUGUUUACAUAGACCACAAAAGGACCAAAUGUUAGUGAAAAUGCCCAUGAAAAGCUUGUUCUGUUAACUUUAUUUAUUUAUUUAUUUAUUUGGCUUUCCUGUGAUGUUUGUUUACUUUUUCAAAGUACAUUUAGUACAUCAAUACAGGUAGAUUAUUUAAGCUACAAGUUUAACUUUUGUGUCUUGUUGAUAAUUGUUAAUUUGUUACAUGCUUGUGAUAUUGCUCCUGGCAAACUGAAGUUUGGGGAACUUAGAUUUGACUAUGGUAAAUAUUGCUCUAAAUAGAACUGUAAUUAACAUUGUUCUGUUAAUGCAAAAUAAAAAUUCUGCAAUUAAAAAUCACAGUUUUGCAUGA